AUGAGUGGGGACCAACUCCCUGGCAUUGUCAACCUCAAUUUCCCGCUCCAACAGCCGCCGCCAUCACGACUACCAGCAUUCCCCGAAGACACCACACCCAGCGCGCCCCCAGCACAAGCUGACAAUGCCCUGCCCCAAUUGCCUGGCACACUCACUCCUCUCCCGCAAACAGUGCCUGCACUCACCAAUUGGCUCGCAUUGUCACUCUCGAUGUGGAAAGCAUUCGAGGUCAAAAACUCACCAAUGGUGACGGCCUUCUACAAGCUCUACCAGCUCGCUGCUGCGCUACUCAUUUAUUUACAGUGGGUGGCCUACAGCGACUUGGCAUACAGCAACAGCCGAUGGACUCACGGAUGA